GUUAGUUUUAUGAAGACUGAAUGAAUGGAGCUGUACAUGGUAUGGUCACCAGCCGAUUCAUUCUGUCUUGACAGACACAUAUACAAGAAUGAAUGAAUGAAGGCACCCCACGUGGUUGCUGAGCUGGCUAUACACGUCACGCGCCUCCCCCCACUCAGUCAUGGUCAUGCACACCGAUAGACAGACAAAUAGGUUGAUAGAUAAAGCAAACAAAACCCAUCCACCACAACAUGACUGUGUUGCAUGAGGUACCAACUCACGCACUCAGUCUCUGUCCCCCUCUCUCUCCCGUGCCCUCUCUUUGUCCUUCCGCCGCUUCUUCCUGGCCCUCUUCCUCUCAGAUCGGCUGCUGUCGCUCGACCCCUCCUUCCGCCUCCUCCUGUGCUUCCUGCUGCUGUGCUUGGAUCGCUUGCGCUUCUUCCGCCGCCGCUCGUCGUCGGAGUCGGACUCACUGGAGCUGCUGCUGCUGGCAAACUCGUCAUCCGAAUCAGAUAGCCUGAAUCCGACACAUACAUACCGGCAAGCAGGGCAGGCAAGAUUACGUCAAGGUGAUCGAUCCACGGCAUUCAUAUGUAUUCCCAUCUCACACACCCAAUGGGUCUUCCGCGGAUCGCCUGGAUAUCCACAUACGGCAAAUUCUGAUGUGCAGAACAAACAGAUCACGACGCAGACAGGUGGGUGCAUGAGCAGGUUAGGUGGUUGUGCUGGCUGGCGUACCUCUCCCGUCACUUCCGUGUAGAACUUGUCAGGCCUCCACCUGUCAGGUUUGAGCGCCACCUCGGCCUUGGCUCUCGCCUCUUUCUCGCGGUCCUCCUCAUGCACGUUGACGUUACGAUCGGCCACAUCCAACGCAUUCCGCACACCACCUGCUGCCACGGGCAGGCAAGGGCAACGCAAGAGGGAGGACACACACAGACAAACACCGCAUAGCACACAGUCCAGUCGUGAAAUGGACGACUCUCCUCCCUCCCUUGGUGUGUCGGUUUCUCUCUCCUCUCUCUCGUGGUACCUUCCUUCCUUACCUUCUCUCCUGGGCACUGAUGCCACCCGCCUGUGGGCCACCCGCCGCCGGUCAGCGGCGGCCUUGUCCUCCCUCUGUUUCUGCUCCCACAUCUGCCUGGUCUCCAGCACCUUGUUCUGCGACUCGACGUGACGCAAGAUGUCCUGGGCGUACUGGCUGGAGAUGUGGCGGCCUCCUCUCCUGGCGGAGCGGGAUGCGCUGCGGUCCUGAGGCAUCUCGUCGCGGGGAGGCGAGUCGUCGUGGGCGUCGGGCAGCUCGGGAGGCCUCUCGGGGAUGCUGAGCUCCUUGUCGCUCCCUGACAUGGCCGGAGAGCAGACGGAAUGCGACAUUGCCAACGAAAAUAACAUCGGACGCUAUCUUGAACCAGCACACGGGUCAACAAACACUUGACACACCAAACUUCCCCUUCUCUCAGUU